AUAAAUUAAAACAUAAAGAUCCAGAGCAAAUACUGAAAAGUAUUUGCCUUCCCACCAAAGCUCUUACCACAGUGUUUUGCUUUUGACACGGUUUCGAUUUGGCUGUAGAUUCGCAGAAUCGGUCGAAAGAGAAACUGGAGCUGGAUUCACGAUUCCCCGUCACAGCGGAAGUUGAUGCUUUUUGAAAGCGGAAGAAACAUGUUUCACAUCCGUGUUUAUCUUUAUUUCUUAGAAUUCCAUCAACAGAGAGCAACACAUUGUCUCUGAACGGAAGGAAAGUAAGCUGAAGAAAUUAAAUAUCAGCACCAAAAUUUAUCAGAAUUGCUAAUUUUGUCAACAAAGUAAACCAGCAGGAAUUGCUAUAUUGUACCAUUAGAAAUGGAAGAGCCACCAUCAUCCCUUAAAGGGAAGAAAAGGAUGUGGCUGAAACAAGAGAUUGUAAACCUCUUAAAGCAACAUCCACAAGGUAUAGAAAAAGUUCAUUUUUGGGAUUUUAUUAACCACAACAUUAAAGGGAUUGGACCAAAAAACAAAUAUGGUGUGAAGAGCAUGAAUGAAUUAUUUGAAUAUUAUGAUAACCUUGAAAUUGUGUCAACAAAUAAUAUUUCAUAUGUGAAGUUAAAAGCAGAGAAUGAAAUGAAAGCAGUAAAUAAACCCGGUAUUGAAGAACUUAAGAAAGUCAUAUGUGAAGUACUUGAUGACAACAGAGGUAGAGUAAAACGUGAUCAGUUUUGGAAUAAGGUGGCUGAGAAGCAAAGACAUUUUGUGAAUCCCUCAUCCUAUGGUUUCAGUAACUUAUAUGAAUUUCUGAAACAUUUCUCUGAUAUUGUGGUAGAGGUGAGUGACAAGAAUGAGUUAUAUAUACAGAAGAAAACUUCGAGUGAUUUCAAUGAACCGUCUAUUGACAGAAACUCAUCUUACUUAGGCGAGAACAUGUAUCAUUUUCCCUCACUUAAUGAAACAAUAAGAAGUAACCCAUCAAAGCCAUCUCUAGCAGAAGUGAGACACAGAUUUUGUGACGUUCUUCUGAACUUUCCUCAGGGCAUGCCACUGCCGAAACUGCUGGAUAACUAUGACAGAAUGUAUCAAAAGCCAAAAUUUAACUUGUUAGAUUAUAAUGUCAGUAAUUUUGAAGAACUUUUUAAGUUGCCUGAGUUUCGGUGUUUUAGUGUUUUAGUACAGAACAAUAUGAUAAUGAUUUAUUUGAAGGAACACAAUACUCCCGGCCAUAACAUGUUUUAUCCCUCCAAUGUUAAUCAAAUGCCAGCUCCUAAAUGGGGUGAGCCAGCAUUUCCCGCCAUGCAACAACAGCCACAUGUCACUGAUAGCUUCCACCUCGCACCUUUCUCAAAACUACCCCCACCAAAAACGAAUGAAAAAGAAAUUUUAGUACCGCCUUUAAAUAUUGCCCCUGGAGAGACUCUGACUAAAGAACGUCUUGACAAAAUUGCCAAAGAAUGUAUUGAAAUACUUUCUGAAAAUAAUGAAUGUGUGUCUAUUCAAGCCAUUGAAAAUCUUUUCCUUCAACGCCUUAGAAGAAAAAACUUACGAGAACUUGGUAUUCGUACUUUAGAUCAUUUGCCGUCAGUUCAUGAUCAUAAUCGUUUGGUCUGUAAAGUUAAUGCUUAUAUUCAAGCCUUUGUGACAGUUCGGUCUGUCUGUACACUGAAAGAACUGGAAGACUGCAUUGCACUUUAUGUUAAUGAAAGCAAUUCUUUUCAAAGCCUGAAACUUGGACCUUUACAUAAGAUGCAAAUUGUUUUUGAUUUAUUUAAAUUUCCUCCUGGUGAAGACAGUUUCCCAGAACUCUCUACAAUGGAUGUUUUAGAUAAUAUAAGAAAUUUUCUUAAUGAGAAUAAUUGGUACAAAAAACAUGAAAUGCAGGAAGUUAUGACUUUUUUGACGAAGGCUUUUCACUGCAGUGAUCCAUUUCACCUUGGAAUUCGCUUGCGGAGCCUUCCACUUGCUAUUGGGGUCAUAAAACGUGCUCAGAAAGAUGAUUCAACCCUUACCAGAAAGGUCUUUGACGAUAUGAAAAUGAAAUUAACUGAAGAAAUACAAAAUGCUUUCAAUAAAUUCCGUGGCUACAUUCUCGUAACGAAACAAAAGGAUACACAUUUGAAGGAGCACUAUGCUAAAAUGUCUGCUGAUGCUGCACUGAAGGAGAUCUUUGAACGGCUGUGUUUGUUGCUUCAAAUUGAUGAACCUAAAACUAUAGCAGAACAGAAGCAAAAAAGAAGAUUCAUAGAGAUUUCUAAUAGUUUCUUUCAACAAAUAAGUAAUCAUGAUUUAGCUAGGACUGUCUUUCAUGUUGCUAUUUGUGUCAGUAGUACCGAACUACAAGCAACCGCUCUGGAAUUCCUGGACCGAAGUCCUCAGCCUGCACCCAAUGACACUAAUAGAAAUGAACGUCCUCCUCCUUCAAAAGAACAAGUCCUUCAGUCUUUGAAAAAGUAUCUGGAAAAAUACAUAUCUUCUGGGACUUUAAACUUGAAUCACUUCAACAAAAUCGAAGAACGGUUAUUGGAAGAUUUUGGUAUGACAACCUUUUCCCAAAUGGGUUAUGGACGAUUCCUCUCAUUCCUCCAGAAUAAUACAUCAAUAAAAAAAAUUUUGGAUGAAACUGGCCUUACAAUGUCUGGAACAUCUGAGAGCAACAAGAGUGGAAUUGGUGUAUAUAAACCUUCACCAGCAGAUGUUUGUAACUUUGUAAUUCAAUGUAAAGAUGCCUGCACAACAAUCCAAAAUAAUUUAAUUGAAAAUGCUCUCUGCCAUCAUUAUGCUGUGAAGAAUUUAAAAAGCAUUGGCCAUGGUACUGUCCAGCACAUAGUUGAUUUAGCCUGUAAAAGAACGUAUCCAGCCUCACAUGUCUUUUAUGAAGCUGCUCUCUGUUCUCUGGAAAGAUCAAUGAAUUGCACCCUUGGCAAGGUUGGAAUAUUAGGCUACCAAAACCAAGAAACCGUUCUUGCAACAUUGCACAAUUGCCCCUUACUAGAGGACAUGUCGGCUUGGUCUCACUGGCCUUUGGUAUUUGAACCGCAAUUUGGAAAGCUGCUUGAUUUUGUGCUCAAGAAUGGUGGAGAAAAAUAUGUACAACUUGAAGGUGGCAGAAAGUCAGUACGCACUGAUUUUAUGGUCCUUGAGACUGAACCCGGAAAAUAUUUAAAAAUCAUCAGUGAGACUUCUGUGGAAAAGUUCUCUGCUGCCUGUUCUACGAGUGAUGUGAUCAACACUUGUGGUCAUCUGGUAUCCCUCAUUGUUCACAAUAAAGGUCUGGCUAUGACACCAUUUGCCUACCUCUCUAAUAUCUUACAGACACAACUUUUCACAUUGAAUAAUGAUACUAACAGCAAACAAGAUGAUGAAAAAUAUACGGGUAACCCAGCGAAAUUUGUGCUGGACUGCUUACUGCGUUUGCCCAUUCAGAUCUGUGUGUCUGUUGCAAAUAAGAUGUUCCUGGAGCCACUUGGGAAAGUUCUUGGCUUAACAGAAUCUAAGCUUGUUCUCUGGAAGAACUGCCAAAAUAUACAGGAAACCAACCGUCUUGAGACUUUGGGGUGUUUACUUGGCAUUGCUGACUGGGUUGGCACUUUAAAUAAAAUGAAAGGUUCUUUCAUAACAUCUGAAAUUGAAACUAUAGCUGAAAUGGAAGAUGACCAGCAAACGGACAAGGAAUCUGAGGAGGAGCUCAUAGAAUCAGAUUCUGAAGACAGUAUAAAAUCUUCAGACGAGGACGAUAUUAUAACAAUGCCGAAUAUGGUUCUAGAAACACAGAGUACAGAGGAACUGGAUAAUGUCCUGCCUGAAAUUAUGCCAAACAAAAAUUCUGAUGUUAUUAUAAUUGAUGAAGAAAAUGAAGAAACUGGUACAAAUGAUGCUAAUAAACAGGAUGAGAGUUUACCUGAGGAAGAAAAGGAAGAAAUCUGCUCAGAGAAGGCUUUGAUUGAAACAAUACGUCGAGAAGAAUUUGGUCUUGGCAUUAAACUUAAUGCUGAUGGUCAGAAGUUGAUUGAUCGGCAACAAGAACGACUGGGACGUAGUUUGGAUCGAUUAUCUAAAGAUUUGUAUAGUAAAGACACUCAUUUUGUGUUGGAGUUGAUCCAAAAUGCUGAUGACAACACCUACCCAGAUAACUUUGAUUCUAAGGAUUCGUCAGCCUGUCCAUCAGUGCAGUUUGGUAUAGAUGAUAGUUCAGUGACUAUUCUCAACAAUGAGGUUGGUUUUAAGGAAAAAAAUAUUCGAGCCAUUUGUGAUGUUGGUAAGAGUACCAAGGAAAAACGCAAAUUUGGUUAUAUUGGUCAAAAGGGAAUUGGAUUCAAGUCUGUAUUUAGAAUAACAGAUCGUCCUGAAAUCCAUUCCAACAAGUAUCAUAUUUGUUUUGACGUGAACAGUGGUCCAACAGGCUACAUCCUCCCCCACUGGAUUGAUAGCUACUCUCAUCCAGAAGAUAAUUGGGUUACAAAGAUUCUUCUACCCUUAAAGGAUGGUGUACAACAGUCCAAAUGUCUUGCUGCUAGCUUCAAUGACAUACACCCAUCUUUGCUACUCUUUCUACAUCGAUUGAAAAAGAUCACUUUAAGGAAUGAGAUUCAAGGCACAGAAACGGUGAUGCAACGUUAUGAUCAAGAACAUGAUAUUGUUGAAAUAACUCACAAUGGAGUUGUUGACCGUUGGUUUGUUAUUAAGAAACUGCUGGACGCUACCAAAGUUUCUGCGCAGGUGAAAUCGGAUAUUGAUGUGGAAUCAACAGAGAUUGCCUUAGCUUUCCCAAUGAAGUUAAACAAGUCCUUCAAUGCUCAGGUACUCCCAGAAAAACAACCUGUUUUUGCCUUUCUACCUCUGCGCUCAUAUGGUUUGCGCUUCAUCAUUCAAGGUGAUUUUGACUUGCCAUCCAAUAGAGAAGCUGUUGAUUCUGACAGUUUGUGGAACCAGUGGCUCAGUAGUGAGAUACCAUCACUAUUUUUAGAUGCUCUGGAAAAAUUCAAGGCUCAUCCACACUUCACUUCACCUGUGAUGGCAGUUGCUUCUUAUUUACAAUUUGUACCUGAGGAGGACGAAGUGCUUGACUUCUUUAGACCAAUUGCAACACACAUUCAGAAAAAGCUGAAAAGUAAACCAUGCAUUCCUUGUCAACCAUUAACAGAAGGUGGCAACAUUCAAUGGAAAAUUCCUUCUCAGACACUUCUUGGUCAAGACUCACUGACAAUGAAAGUGGCUCCUCCACAAAAACUUCAAGAGAUUUUAAACCUAUGUUAUUUGCAUCCAGAUCUUGCCAACAUACUUAAUAUAAGUACUACUAACAGUCUGGGUAUUGAGAAAAUAAAAACAGCCCACCUGUUGAAGAUUGGAGAAGGUUUAGCCAGUGACUUUUAUAACAGCACAACAGUUAACAGUGAGCAGAUUGCACAAAUUGCUCGGUGGUUUGCCUGUGUCUAUCGCAGCUUGGAUGAAAUGGGUAACAAUGAAGAUAUCUUUGCAAAACUCUCAGAGAUCCGGAUAAUUCCUCUGAGUUCUUCCAUUUUAACAACCCUCAGAAGUGAAACAGUUUUCCUUCCAAUGGAUUCCUACAAACAUCCUGUACAGAAACGGAAUGAUAAAUUCUUGCCUCUCUGGAACGACUUAAGAACUGUUCACUCAGAAUUGUUCUGCACCGAUGACCCCGAAAUCAACAUACAAGUGCAUAAGCUCAUCCUGCAGAUGGGUGUGCAACCAUUACAGUCUGACAAUAUUAUCAAUCAUCAUAUUUUGCCAAUUUUGCAGUCUGAAGAUUGGAAGUUGAAGAGUGAAUCAGUUUUGGUGAACUAUGUGAUGUUCAUGAAAUACCAGUAUGACAGAGAUCCAAAUUCCUUUGUCUUUUCUGGCUUGUCUUCUGUUGUUCCCCUGAAGACAAACAAAGGUAUGCUCUGUCCAGACCAAGUUGCCAUUCAUUUUACUCCAUCUUAUGGCAAUAAGAUCAACUUAAGUAAAGAACUUCCAGGUUAUGAUUGGGUCCUUCUUACUGAUGUUUACUUGCAAGGAGCCACUCAGAAAUCUGAAAAACUAUCCUGGCAUGAAUUUUUCGGCAAACUGAAGGUCACUGACUUGCUCAGCAUCACAGAGACCACAAUAAAGAUCAAUCAGGACAAUAAAGAUCAGUUGCCAUGGAAACCAUUAUAUGAAACUUGGCCAGCCAAUUCUGGUGAUUAUGUCGUUGCUGAUUUAGCAUGCCAGGAAUUUGAAUCCUUAGUAAAUCAGAAUAGAAACAUGGAAACAUUCUCCAAACAGAUGGAUGUUCUCUGCCAGAUAAUUGAUGAGCUUUGGGAUGCUGAAUAUUCGAAAUAUAUCACAACAACACUCGAGUCAAGUGAUGGCCAUAUCCUCAAAGAAAUACCUACCUCUUUUGCUAUAAAUUUACAAACAUUACCUUGGUUACCAGCAGAAGAAUUGAAACUUGAAAACAACAAUGGCACUGUAAAAGUUAGCAAGAAAUCUUCUGAGCAGGUGUCUGACAGCUUGUAUCUGAACUCAGAUAAUCUAAAGUACUUGCUUGGUCAUGCUGUUUCUUAUUCAAGGAUUAAAUUAAUUAGUGCCUCUUUCUGUAAGUUCCUCAGGAUUAAGACUAGUACCAAUCCCCAACACAUUAGCGAUAUUCUUAUCAAGUGGGGAGAACGUACCAAUGACUCUGACAAAGUUGAAUUCUGUGGAUCACUGAAACAUAUGAACUCUAUUUACACCUAUUUGUCCAAACACCUCACCAAUGAUGAAGUAAAGAAUAUUUUCAAACAUAAACCUGUGAUCUUUGUACCCAGUAGUAAUAACAACUUAAAAUGUGACUAUGUGGUGGGCCAAAUGUACAAAAGAGAAGAAAUCUGGUGGAAUGACAGCACAGGAUUAAUUGAGAAACACAUGGAUUUGCUGAAAUCAUACAAGAAAAACUGUAGUCUGAAAAGUGGGAUUCAAAAUUUCUACCAGAACUUAGAAGAGUUUUUCUGUGAUACAGUUCGGAUAUCUAGAUACCCCCUUCUGCAAGAUUAUGGGGAGCUUAUUCAAGUUUUAUCAUACUUGGAUGAAGAUGGUUUGCAAAACAUGAAGGAACUAUUCUUUUUGAUAGGAGAGAAAAUACAAAUAUGUAAUAUGUCGAAGAAACAAGAUCUCUUCGAAAUGAUAGAACAGCAGAAAAGAAAACUUUUUGAAAUACUCCAAGGUGAAAAUAUAUUUCCAACUGUGAAAAAUAAACUGGUCAGUUUACAAGAUUUUCCAGUUAUUGCAGACAACAAGGUGUAUGAGAAAAUGUUUAAGGAUGAACUCAACUUCAUUGAUUUGGAAUAUGAAACUGUCAACAAGAAAAAAAGGAAAAUUACCGCUGAGAAGAGAAAAUAUAUCCAACACUUCCUUGAUUUGUUUAAGAUUGGUUUUCUGAGCAAUUGCAUCAAAGAGGACGUCAAAACAGAAUUGUACAAACCUUGCUAUAAGCUGCAAAAUUACAUGCAUCAAAUUAUUUAUCCGAUCCAAUGUUACCUUUACAAUACUUUCCCAGAAAUCUAUGAGAUGUGGAAACAGUUGUGUUUCCAUGACACAGUUGGCCAAUGGAAAUUUUCUCAGGUGAAAGAACUUGAAGUGUGGUAUACUUUCACACGCAAUACAGAUAUUUAUGUUCUUCAAAAUGAAACCUGCAUCAUAAAGGACAAUACGUUUUAUGUUCAAGAAAAUCAUUUAAAUUCCAAGAAUCUAAACUCUCAUAUCGCGUUAUAUUUCAGCAGCAACGAUCACAUGUGCUAUUUAAGUUUGAAGGAAUUUCUCAGUAAUGUUGGUGAUAAGUUAGAUUCUCCUCCAGAACUUGAAUCCUUCUUAUCAACUACGUCUGACAUUCCUAGUGAUGAAAUACCAUGGGUAAUUCCAGCACCACCAGCUUGGUAUUUUCAGGCCGUUAGCCCUGCUGAAUCUAUUGAUCCUGUUAUCCAACCUGUUAACCCAAUGGAUGAAUGUCAAGCUUCAGUCAAAGGAAAUAUGGAACCAGAUCACAAGGCCAACACAUCUAGUGGCAUAGUUUCUUGGCCACCGGCGUCUUCUGCAGUGAUGAAAGAAAAUUUGGAACCUAAAAAAAGUGGUGGUCAUGGUGGAGCAUGUAGCUGGCCUCUACCUGAGGCUCCUGGUUAUUAUAAAUCUGGACCGUCAACCAAAUUUAAGAUUUCAGCACAUGCUGAUGAACAGCAGGAUAAAACCGAAAAGCCUCAGCAACAAACAGAGGAAUCUGAAGAACAAACUAAGAAACCUGGGAAACAUGUGUCAUCAGGACAAGACAAAAACAUUUCUCUUCAUGCCUCAACUGAUGAACAGAGAGUUCAGGGUGAGAAGUCUAACCAACCAGCUUUCAAAACUACCACAGCAGUCGAUAGGGGUGCUUCCUCAACACAAGGACAGAAUAUGGAGUCAAAUAGGAGAUCGGAGAAACAUAUGAGCAGCAGUUCAUUGGAAAAUUCUGAAACUAAUAAUUCUGAAACUGUAAACCAAAGGACCCCACUUAGGCGAAAACGAUCUAAUGAAGACCUCGAGGAGCCAAAGGCUAAAAGAUACCCACAGCCUAAUUUUGAUUUCCCAAUUUGGUUAGAAGGCUGUAAAGAUCUUGAAUACAAGGAACUAGCAAGGGGGAAGGAAUUGAACAUACCGGAACAGUACAAUAUUGAUCCUGAUUCAACAGACUGCAACGUCAUGACAGCACGUUGGGGUGAACAUCUGGUGUUUAAUUACUUAUUGCAACAGAAAACCGUAGCUGAGAGUUUUAUCUACAGUAUCAGUUGGAUGAAUGAGAUACAAGAGACGGGACAACCGUACGACAUAAAAGUUGUACUGAAAAAGACAGAUGAAAAUGGAAGCCAACGUUUCCACGAGGAAUAUAUUGAAGUGAAAAGUACUCUUUCAGAAAAGAAAUCAAUUUUUGAAAUAUCUAACAAAGAAUUAGAAUUUGCUAAUCAAAAACUGGCCAGUUAUCAUGUGUACAGAGUUUUCAACGCUGGCAAUAGCAGCAAUGUCCGGCUACUUAAGAUUGAAAAUCUUGCUUUGUACAUUAAGCAGAAAAAAAUACAUCUCUGUCUCAUUAUUUAAAAACCAUAGAGUUUCUUUAUAUCGACAGGAAAAUUAUCUGCAACAUUUGUCAGUUCCAUAAACUCACACAAACACAUAUGGUCAUGCACACAUAUAAAUAUGCAGAAGCAAGUUACCAUAGUUUAAAUACAUUAAGCCUUCACCAGAACUUUUAUAUGUUGCUUUCAAUUCAAACACAAGUAUAUAAAACCAUAAAAUCCUUUCAUGUGUCUAACAUUUUUAUAUAAGAUAUCUGAAUAAUUUUUAUACAAGAUCCUUUGGCGUUUUAAAUUUUUUAAUCUUCUCAGUGUUAUAUUUAAUUGUGAUUCUUACUUAAAUCAUUAGAAAUUAUUUUAUCAUCAGUGACUAAGUGAUGCGUUGUUUUCAGUGUCACCACAUUCCUAUUUGCUUUACAUAUGUUUUAACUGUUUGCUCUCUCUGUCUUUCUACAUUGAGUGAAGAACAAACAGUGAAUGUAACAAU